GUUUGACCUCAGUUCACUUUAGAACCCACGAUGCCGCCCAAAAGCAAGCCAGCAUCUGUCGAAGCUUCUUCUUCCAAAGUCCAAGCUCCUUUGCCUGAUUCCUUUUCCCAAAAACAGGCGAAGAAAGCGGUCGACGCUCUUUUGGCCCACCAUGAAAAAGUCGUCUCUGAACGAGAGGAGACUGAGCUCAUCCCGAGGGAAGAUCAUAUAUGGCUGAUAGUCAACACAAAGAGGGGGAACACCAAGCGCAAAUUGAUGCCGAAGAGAGUACAAUUACCUCACCCACCCCUGCCUCCCCCACCUAUCACUGCCGUUGGACUCAUUGUCAAACCACCUCAGCGGACAUACAAAGAUCUGCUCGUCUCUCCGGAACACAACAUCAGGUUCAUCAACAGAGUGGUGGAUACCGACAAGCUGAGAGGUAAAUGGAAGCCGUUCGAAGCGAGACGUAAUUUGGCAAAGGAGAAUGAUCUCUGGUUGGCCGAUGAGAGGAUCGUCCCUAGUCUUCCGAAACUGUUGGGCAAAACCUUCUUCGAUGCCAAAAAAGUCCCCAUCCCGGUCAACCUCAAGCGGAAAGAUCUGAAAGCGGAGCUUGGUAGAGCCAUCAGUUCGACUUAUUUCCACCCCUCCACAGGAACAUCACACUCUGUGCGCAUUGCUACGCCGCCAAGCUCUACUUCUGCCCAGACACUGGAGAACUUUCUAGCCGCUCUUCCCGUUGUCAUAGGACUCAUUGAGGAUGGUUGGGACAACGUUCUGUCUGUCGGUAUCAAGACAUCAUCGUCCAUCCUUCUGCCAGUCUGGAACAGCCCACUUGCCGACAGAUUCAAGGGAAAGACAACGGAGGAGAAUGAGACGCCAGAACCAGCUGUCAAGUCGGAGAAGAAGCGUAAAAUAGAUGCUGGAGAAAGCUCUACGAAAAAGGCGAAAGCAGAUCCGCUAGUCGCAGCUGCCUCGAAGCCAGUGAAAACCACCGAGACUUCGUCGAAGGCGGACAAGAUCGUCAAGAAGGCUGGGAAGAAGUCUAGCAGUGUCGGCACCGGAGGAACUGGCAAGAAGGCAAAGACGGCGAUUUUGGGAAAUGCCUAGGGUCCGGGACUUUCUGAUGGUAUGACGAUGAUCUCAUGACAUGCAAU